CAUCGUUUGUUUGUCUGCUGAACAGUUAAAACAACGGGCGACACAACGGCAGCAGCAUAUGCUUCAUAAUGUGAUGGGCGAUCUGUGAACUUUCUGACGACCAAAUAUUAGCAUCAUGAUAUGACCGCAGAGAAGGACAACUGGAAAAAUGGAUCUUAUCAACUUUACAGGAAAAGACAUCGUGAGGACCUUCAAAAUGAACUGGGCUUUACUCCUGCUUUUAGCAUCAUGCUGCAUCACCUGGUCAACAGCUGAACACAGCACCAGCAGUGCAGAGCCCAGGAAGCUGAAGUAUCUGAUCAACCCUCCUGUGUUCGCUGAGGUCAUUGGACGGAGGGGAGAUAAUGUCACACUGCCGUGUAUUCUGCAAUCUAAACCCAACUUUUACAAAGUCAAGUGGACCAAGCUGCAGCCAGGUCACGUGGGGCCGGAGAACAUCAUCAUGAUUUCAAAUUCACACGCCUUCAAGCCUUACGGUCAUCUCGGAUUGAGGGCGUCUCUUCGGAAUGCUCACAGCUUGGACGCAUCUCUCACGGUGACGAAUCUGGAGCUGGGAGACAGUGGCGCGUAUAGAUGUGAGCUGAUCAAUGGCAUCGAGGAUGAGAGUGUUCAGAUCACUCUGAGGGUUGAAGGUGUGGUUUUCCCAUACCAGAGCAAAAAUGGACGCUACAAACUCACUUUCCAUGAGGCCAGGGCUGUUUGUGCUGAACAAGAUGGAAUAUUAGCUACGUAUGACCAGCUCUACAGAGCCUGGACGGAGGGUCUGGACUGGUGUAAUGCGGGCUGGCUUGCUGACGGGACUGUCCAGUACCCAAUCCUCUAUCCUCGACCCGUCUGUGGGGGAGGACCACUUCCUGGCAUUCGCAGUUAUGGACCAAAAAACAAGCAGCGAGAUCAAUUCGAUGCCUUCUGCUUCACCUCUCAGAUGUCUGGCGUCGUCUACUAUAUAUCAGGGGCUUUUUCCUUCCAGCAGGCGACACACGCAUGUCAACGUCAGUCGGCUGAGUUAGCCUUAGUUGGACAGCUUUAUGCCGCCUGGUACUUCCACAAUUAUGACCAGUGUGACGGUGGGUGGCUCAGAGACGGCAGUGUUCGAUUCCCCAUCCGGAACCCUAGAGAGCGCUGUGGAAGCACUUAUGAGGCAGGAGUGCGUACGUUUGGAUUUCCUGACAAGACAACACACCUUUACGGAGCCUAUUGUUAUAGAUUAUAACACAUGUGCAAAGUACGCAUCGUUUUAUCACCACAUUUCUACACAUCAUUUCUCCUCACUGUUGCACAAGACAAAGCCUAACCUCGUUAAAAACGCAGUAAGGUGAUUGACCGAGAAAACAAAUGCAGUACACAUGUAGGUCAGUACGGUAUGACUGAUAAGUGGCAUUUGCUGCAAUUAGAUUUGACCACAUUCACGUAUUUCACAUCGCUUUGAUAUUUCACAGUUUUGCAAAUUAUUCAAUAAUAGUGGAAAAACAAAAUGAAUAAUUUACAUGUAUUAACAUAUGCUCCCUGGUCUGAUUUUAUCCUUUCUCCUUCUAAUGGACAGUGCAUGGGAACAACCAGAGAGUGGAAGUAAAGGGUGCAAAACCAAACACAACACAAUCAUGCAUUAAAAAACCAGUGUUCAUUUUUAACUGUUCUAGAACUAACAGGCUGGGUGCCAUUAAUCCUGCCCUACUAAGUUAUUAAAGACAUGUUCAGGUGUGA